AGUUAGGGUUAUAGUUGUAACACCCCUAAUGUGUUUUUUCUCUCCAUGUUAGCGCCUUUAAGCGGUGCUACUUCCUGUUUCCCCAUCAGAUCUAUUUUUCGUGGCGGACUGCAUACUGCUUAAAUGUAGCCAGCUGCAUGACUGCUCUUUCCUGUCACUGUGACAGUGUCUUAUUUAUGUCGUUUCUCUUUUGAAUCAAAUAAACGUGUAUUUUAGCGUACUUAUAAUAUGAUGUGUGUUAUCAGGAAUGGAGUCAAUGUAGGCUAUAGGGACAGAUAGUCAACAAAGAAGUAACUGGUUUGCAUUUUAAGUUAAAUAGCACUAUAUGUUUAGAAGUUAUGUAAGUCAGCUGUAGCCAUGGUGCCGUUUAAAAAAAGAAGAAUACAACUGCAUGCUGCGAGUAGCGGCGACGGAACCAUUAAGUACCCGCAGGUGGUUAUCUUUCUCCUGGAGAGAAAGAUGGGAGCGAGUCGAAAAUCCUUCCUCACUCAGCUUGGUCGUGGCAAAGGUUUCCUUGUGGAGGAGUCAUUUAACCAGUCUGUCACACACGUUGUAUCCGAGAACAAUUCUGGAGACGAGGCUCGCACUUGGCUGAAUUCUCAAUUAUCUAAACAGUCGGGAGUUGAGAAGAAUUCAACGAGGGAAGAAAUCCAUGUCCUGGACAUCAGCUGGUACACAGAGAGCAUGCGGGUGGGUUGCCCAGUGGACAUCCUGGACAGACAUAGGCUUCAGACACAGGAAUGUGGAACGGAGCUUACAGAAUUCUCAGUUCCCAGCUAUGCCUGCCAGAGAUGCACCCCUCUUAUGGGCCACAACUCCAGGCUCACGGAUGCGCUGUCCAUCCUGGCUGACAGUGCCGAGUUCAGUGAGAAUGAAGGGCGUAGCGUGGCGUUCAGGAGGGCAGCAGCAGUGUUGAAGUUCCUUCCCCAGCCAGUGACUAGACUGAAGCAACUCCAUGGCCUGCCCUGUCUCGGGGAACACUCGCUCAGAGUCAUAAAGGAAAUCCUGGAGGAAGGUGUGUCCCUUGAAGUGGAGACUACAAAGCAUUCAAAGCAGUAUACAGUUCUGAAGAUCCUCACAGGCAUAUUUGGUGUUGGAGUUAAAACUGCAGAUCGCUGGUUCAGAGAAGGAAUACACACACUCUCAGAACUGCGGAGGUCAGGACAUGCACUCAACCGAGCACAACAAGCUGGUCUUCAGCAUUAUGAAGAUCUCAAUUUGCCAGUCACCAAAACAGAGGCUGUUAUAAUUGGCCAGAUUGUGAAAAAGGCAGUCAAUGCUGUGCUGGAAGGUGCAGAGAUCACUCUGAUUGGAGGAUUCAGGAGGGGAAAACAGACCGGCCAUGAUGUUGAUUUCCUGAUCACCCACCCAGAGGAGAGCAGAGAAGAGGGUCUAAUGCCAAAAGUAGUUUCCUGGCUGGAAUCACAGGGUUACCUAUUGUACCAGAAGACCACUAGGAACUCCUAUCUCGAAGCUAAAGAGGGUCCUGGACAGCCAUCCUCUAACAUGGACCGCUUUGAGAGGUGCUUCUUAAUUUUCAGACUGCCCGUGGACACGGAUGAGGGGAAGGUGCAGAUGGAGAGACUCAUAGGACUACCAACACAGACAGAGAAUUGCACACAGACAAACAUGCGCACUCCAGUCGAUGGGGAGACAGAGACUAAGACUCACCCAAGCGUGGACGCUUCGACCCAGAAGAGAAUUCCAGUGUUGGAGCCGACACAAGGCUCUAGGGACCAACCCUGGAGAGCAGUGAGGGUGGAUCUCGUGGUCUCUCCUCACAGCCAGUUUGCAUUUGCCCUGUUGGGCUGGACAGGGUCCAAGUUGUUUGAGAGAGAUUUACGUCGCUGGGCCAAACAGGAGAAGGCCAUGUCUCUAAGCAGCCAUGCUUUGUAUAACAGCAUACAGAGGACAUAUCUGAGGGCAAGUUCGGAAGAGGAAAUCUUUGCUCAUCUGGGUCUUGAGUACAUUCCCCCCAGUGAAAGAAAUGCAUGAAUUGUAUGCCACAUAUUAGCUAUUUCUCGUGUACUGAUCCCACCCGUCCAAUGUAGCAACGGUGCCUCAACCACACAAGUUAAUCUCAGCGGCAUUAGUAAUCUUCGAGAAAGUGACCUGACUACAGGCAGGAAACCUGUCUCUUUUUCAGACUGUUGCCGUGGAUAUUUUAAAAUGUUAGUAUUCAGCCAUACUUGAAACUGUAUACUGUUUGGAUAUAACGUUGAUUAAUUUGCAUUGCAUUCCAUUUAUUCUAGAAAUAUUUGGCAGUGUAUUUGUUUAUUGGCACUUCAAAUUAAGUAUUUUUGUAAAUGUAUCUUAUUUGAUGUGUAAGCUGGUCUGUAAGAUGUAAGCUUAUGAAUGUGUAAGGCUACAUUACAUGAAAUGAGGGUUGCAUUCUGACUGUUGUCCUACUUGCACAGCUGCUCACACGUGUAACAGCCAUUUUUCUAGAAUGAUGUGGAAGUUUCCAUACAUGACACCAAACUGACACUGUGACCUCAAUUCAUGAUGCAUAGGUUUUGUAUAAAUUGUGUUACUAAGUACUGUCAGAGCAGGUGUAAGACAAAGUGACCUUAAUACAAUACAGUGAAGGUGAAUAAAGAAAUACAAAUAUUUUAAAUUGACGUUUUAUGUAAUUGGAUAUGUCUUUAGUAAGGAUCUUGCAAUGUUC